UUGUAAUGUUGCUAUUAUUCUAUGCUUUUGGCAAUGGAGGAACUGGUUACCUCCGAGUUACUUCCUGGUCCUCGUAAAGUCCUAAUUGUUUCGCUGACAAACUUUGAAUCCAUCUCUACCAUUAUUCUAGUUAUAUAUUGCAUGCCAACCUUUGGCUACCAAAGUUAGCCUAUCCCUCUCUCCCUCAUUGAACAAUGACUCAUUCACACAAUGCAAAUUCUGGGUGUUUCUCCAACAUGGUACGCAGGAUUUCAUGCCUUAAAAGUCUCCCUACUCACCCAGCCGAUUAUGUUACUAGUGACUCAAAGACAAGCAAGUCUGAGGAGAUUCAGAAAGAAAAUCCAAAAGCUGAGGCUGCAAUCCAAGCUCCAGGUAACCUAGGAGUCGUGGCAAGACUAAUGGGCUUAGACUCAUUGCCAGAGACCAAUUGGGUUCCAAGAAAAGGACCCCAAGACUCAGUUUUGCGAAGCAAGUCAGUGAAUUUUGCGGAUUAUAUGCUGGAGUUUGAUUUAACCCAAGCUCAGCAUCGCAGAGUUAGGACCUCGGUGUCAUUUCGUGAGGUUCCAACUUUGUCACAUCAAAAGAGCCAUGAUUUCUUGGUUGUGUGCCUGAAUGAGGUGGAUGAAAGUGAAACCAAGGGAUCAAUGAGGACCAAAGUGAGGAAAUCUGAGAUGGGUUUUGGAGAUAUGAAGCAGAGGAAGGAACAGAGAAGCAAGAGCAAAGAGAAUAUGAGGGCGAGUCAAGUAAGCAACAAGAUCUCUAAGUUAAGGGAUGAGCCUAGGAGAGUCUCAACCAAGUUCAACCUAUCUUCAAAAGCUGGUAAUGGUAGUAGCAGCAAUGGAGCUAAGCGUUUGAGCCUUGUUCCAGCUCCCAAGAAGAAAGAGUAUAGAAAUAAUGUUGCAAGUUUGAAGGCGAAAAGCCCAUCGAAGCCAAUAAAUCAGAAGAAACUGUUGGUUGAACCCAAGUUCACAAGGAGAAGAAAAGUUCAGCAUUUAGCUGUGAAAGUAGAGCCUGACUCUGACUCUCAAAAUUCAAGUCCAGUAUCUGUUCUUGAAGUCAGUGAUUGUAUAAUACAACAAGGAAGUCAUAUAUCAGAAGUUUCAAGGCCCAUGGAGUUGAAUUUAGAGAGAAAAUCUACAGCAAAAGUUUCUUAUACUGAUGAUCCUAGAGUCGGAUCAAUCAAGAGCAAGGAUUGCGAAUCAAUGGAUAUUUCAGAAGCACAGUAUUACAGGGAAGUGUUGGGGAAGCUUUUUAGGUUGACAGAAAAUGAUACUAAAGAGUCAAAUUGGAAAGCAACGAAUUUCCAUGGAUGUGAAGAAUUUGAAGAGGUCUGCAUGGAGUUCGAGCAACAAGUUCUUGAUGUACUACUAAACCAGGUUUUAGAUGAACUUGUGGAAAUUCCAUAUGAAAAUUUCUUAUAUACAAUGCCUGAAGAAACUCUAUAAAAUCGUGUAUAGAGUUUCAAAUUUGACACUUUUGAGCUAUUUACAUGUGAUUUAUAAACAUUUGAUGCACAACAUUAUGAAGAAAGCAUAUUACAAGAAAGAGUACGAUUCUGCAA